UUCAAAAUUUUGUCCUUUUUUUUGAUCUUUCACUUUCAUUCUUCAUCUUUUUCUAGCAAUUUUCAUACUCUCAUUCAACAAUAUAUAAUAUGAACUCUUUUUUGACAUUCAAUAUAUAGAACUCUUCUUCACCUAAAAAGGAAAAAAAAAAUUAUUAUUACUGCAAAACACUCUAAUUCAUUGCAUUAACCGAUUUAUAUAAAGAGCUUCACGGGAUAACUGCUUCUGUACAACCAUCAAUGGCGGAAGUUGAAGUGCAAAGUUCAGAAGCAGAUAGCUCUAAUACUACUUCCUCUGUUUCUUCUUCUUCGUCGUCUUCGUUGUCCUUCAAUUCCAUGCACAAAUCGGUUUUUGAUUCGUCAAACAAAUUGCCGGAAGAGAAGAAACGGCGGACAAAGGGAACGAAGAAACAGAAGUCUAUUAAUAAUAAUAGUGAGAGUAGACAUCAAAUUUACAGAGGAGUUAGGAUGAGAAGUUGGGGAAAAUGGGUAUCUGAAAUUCGCGAACCGAGGAAGAAAUCACGUAUUUGGCUUGGUACUUAUCCUACAGCAGAAAUGGCCGCUAGGGCACAUGAUGUUGCAGCGGUGAGUAUAAAAGGAAAUUCCGCCAUUCUCAAUUUCCCUCAUCUAAUCGACUCGUUGCCUCGUCCAUUGUCAAAGUCACCUAGAGAUAUUCAAGCUGCUGCUGCCUUAGCAGCAUCAAUGAGGGACCCACCUUCUUCAUCCUCAUCGGCCUCAUCCUCAAUAACAACAACAAUAUCAACAACAAUAUCAGCGGGAUCUGAAGAGCUCUGUGAGAUUAUUGAACUGCCUAAUUUAGAAGAAAGUGACGAUUCGAAAACUGAUUUAACGCUGAGUGAAUCGGUUGAAGGAUUACUGUACUCGCCGUGGUGGGCAGAUCAUAGUACAGAUUUUUGUGGUUAUUUUCUGGAGCAGUCUGCAGCUGGUGCUGGAGAAAGUUUAAUUUCUUGCAGCUUUGAGACACUGAAAUGGGCUUGUUAAAAGCUGAUCAUAAUGGAGCUUUUAGGACUCACAACUCUGGGCUUUGCUCUGUUUUUUAAUCUUUUAAUUAUGGAUCUUUUUUAAUAUCUGUGGAAUAGUAGUGUUACUUAAUUAGUAAAUAUACUUAAAUAUCAGUUUAGUUGUGCAUAAACAUAAUUUUAUUUUAUUUUUACUGUUUUUUAUACAUUUGAUUAUAGAAGAAAUAUGUUUAAUAUUA